UUUUACACUUAAGGAUAUUACCUCGGGCUACCUAGGUAGUAGGAGUCCAGUACCGUACGAUGAGCAGCUGGGACCUCCAUGAUACCUAAUAAGGUAAGGUACUGCACUGGCAUUGACCAUGGUCCGACUCGACGCUGCCGUCCCGAGCCCCUGAAACUCCGGCUGCCAAUGAGGGGCAAAACCAGGCCGUGGAUGACCUCAACUUCCCGCCAGCUGGGCGCAUAAGCUUCAACAACGGCACAUUCAUCUCAUCACGAACCAUAGUCGUGUGACAUGCUGACACGCGCAACAAAGUUCACGAGCCCCAACGACAAACCAAGCGACUCCUAGUGUCUGCGAUAGAAAUCCUUCUUACAAAACAGAGACAUCUUUACAACCCGCCAAACCCCGCAGUGCUGGAACCAUCGAACAAGUGUUUUGCGAAAUAACACUGACGGAACAACUACACUAUUCUAGAUUACUGUAUUCCCUUUUGCAAUGGACCACAGAAUAUGAGCGACCUCCAAAAGAAGUGGGCCAAGGCUAAGAUGAGCAACGCCUUGCAUGCCAUGGCCAGUCCGCCGGUUCCCGAGUUCAGCGAGUUCGACGAGGAUCGCUAUGGCUCGAGCUCGGUGCCGAACACCCCGCAGGACGACGACUCGUCGUCUGCAUCGUCGGUGUCGUCCACAGGAACCGUGAUCCCGUCGCCGGGGCGGGCGCUGUUUGCCCGGCCGCAAGGCUUUCCCGGUCGCUCUCUUGACCCGAUCCCAUGGACAACCUACUUUGAGCGCGAGCUCUUCCUCCCGGCCGAAGACGGCUCUAUCACGUACCACGCCUAUUUGACUUCACCCGCGCCCUCGCCCGGGCCGGGCAAGCCCCCCGGUCCGCUCUUCGUCACCCACCACGGCGCGGGCUCCUCCGGCCUCUCCUUUGCCGUGCUCUCGUCUGAAAUCAGGAAACGUCUGCCAUCGGCGGGCAUCCUGUCGCUCGAUGCGCGCGGGCACGGGCUAACCACCGCCACGACCACGACCGGGACCACCAUCCCCACCCCCCCAUCCUUCUCUUCCACAUCCACCUCCCUGACGGCGAACGGGGUAGAAGGAGUGCCGGAAAGAGAAAGAGAGGACCUCACCCUCGCCACGCUCGCAUCUGACCUGCUCUCCGUGAUUACCCUCACCAAGACAGCCAUGCACUGGCCGUCGCUCCCGCCCAUCAUUUUGGUCGGGCACUCCCUCGGCGGGGCCGUCGUGACCGAGCUAGCCUACUCGCUUGCCGCCACCACCACCACGUCCUCCUCCAACAACAGCAAAAACAACAAACCAGCGCAGCGGACGGGGUCAGUGCAAGGGCCAUUGCCAGGAUCAGGGCAGCUUAGAGGCCCAGACCUCGACCUGCUGGGCUACGCAGUCCUCGACGUGGUCGAGGGCUCCGCCAUGGACGCGCUGCAGAGCAUGCACGCCUACCUGGCCACGCGACCCGCCGGGUUCGACUCGCUGCGCGACGCCGUCGAGUGGCACGUGCGGUCGCGGACGGUGCGCAACGCGGUGAGUGCGCGGGCGAGCGUGCCCGGACUACUGGUGCAUUCUUCUUCUUCGUCUUCGUCUUCGCACUCUCAGUCGCAGUCUCAUUCUAGUGGCGGCGGUGGUGAAGCCCAUGAUGGCGGGGUUAAAGAUGGGGGGGAUAUAGAGGAGGAGAAGGAGAAGAUGAAGAAGAAGAAUGGGGAGGGGUUUUUGGUCCCUGGGAUGAAUGGUGGCACCAGGGGGAAGGAGAGGAGUAACAGCAAACCGUGGCGGUGGCGGACGGAUCUGGCCAAGACCCAGCCGUUCUGGGAGGGCUGGUUUGGCGGCCUGAGCAAGAAGUUUCUGAGUGGGAGGGGCGGCAAGAUGUUGUUGCUUGCUGGGACGGAUCGGCUCGAUACCGAGUUGACUAUCGGGCAGAUGCAGGGAAAAUACGCACUGCAGGUGUUUCCCGAGGCCGGACAUUUCAUACACGAGGACCUGCCCGAGAAGACGGCCAUCGCGCUGGUCGAUUUCCACCGGCGGAAUGACAGGAGUGCGCUGGUGCUGCCGCCCAAGGUAUCAGAGCUGCUGGCGCAGGGGAAGAGAGUGUGACGUGCCGAACGGGCUACGUAGUAGCCUGGGUAUACAUAGUCGGUCCGUAUAUGUACUAGGGCCCUUAGCUGGUUGCAGCAGAUAUAUACCACUGAUGUAUAUUGUACGAAUUGCUGCUUUUGCGCCGAAGAAUAUACCUAGAUGAUUCUUGAUGUUU